AUGUCUUCGGACCAAGACCAAGACCACGUCGACCAGCUCCUAGAGCGUUAUCUCACCUUGCUAGACGAAUACACAACCCUGCGCAAGCAUCUCUCCGGUCUCCAGUCAGACGUAUAUCACAAUAUCGCUAGGGCCAACUUUUCCGGCGAACGUGGCCUGAGAUAUGGCCAGGAUCACUACGAUGAGAGAAUGAGAGCCAGCCGACGGGUUGGCAUAACCAACGUCGAAAACGGGGUUCCCAGAUUCACUGUGACGGCAAAUUCCCUGGACAAUUCCACCUUUGUAGAGGCGGAAGGGGACGAGCACGAAAAGAAAACCGCGGAGAAAGCUCAUGACGCGUCUGGAGAUGGCGAAUCCGCCAGGUCACCGGGCACACUGGGAGAAAAGGACGGCAAAGAGGAGACGAAGAGUAAGAAGAUGUGCGAUCCUCUUCGUUGGUUUGGCAUUCUGACGCCCAUGCCGCUGCGGGCUGCUCAGCGCCAUUCCAUCAGGGCUGUCGAGGACGUCGUCCCGCGCCUGGUGUCUGUCAAUGCGGAGAUGCAGCAUGUUGAGAUCGAAGUGAGGAGGGCGCGGAAGAGGAGGGCCAAGGCAGAGGCUGCGCGGAGCAAGGACAGGGCUGCAGAGGCGGCUACUACGUUGGGCCAACAAGUUGGGGCUGCUUAA